UUGGAUUACCGUAAUCUUGUGCUUGACGUGAACUCAGCCUCUCUGUAUGUUGGAGCUCGUGGAAGAAUAUUUCGAUUAUGGGCCUACAAUAUUAACGACACUUCGGAAAAUCUGUUCGUUGAUCGUCAUGUCAAAGUGUCACCGGUCGAGUUGUCAGAGUGUCGUGCCUUGGGAAACUCGAUCGAGGACUGUCAGCCAUCGACGAGAUUUAUGGCGCUUCAGGAUAAUAAAGAACGACUAUUUGUGUGUUCGUCAGUGGCAAUGAGACCGGAGAUCCGCGUUCUCGAUGCCGUAACAUUACGAGAUCGUCAAGAAUCACGUACAGAAAUUGGAAUCUGUGCUCCAGAUGCCUACGUAAACGCAACCGCUGUCAUUGUCGAAUGGGGUAAUCCAAGCGAGCUAUCGUCGGUAUAUUCUGGAAUCCGAACUGGUAUGGCCGGUGAGAAUCAUCUAAUCUACCGACCUGCUCUUGUCGACAAGGAUCAGGAGGUGCAUUCGAGCAUGCGAAGUGUCUACACAGACAAUCGCUGGCUAUACGAGCCCCAAUUUGUUGGUUCGUUUGAUGUUGGCGAGUAUGUGUACUUCUUUUUUCGUGAAAUCGCCAUAGAAAGCGGAACAACCGAAAGAAGUGUAUACAGCAGGGUGGCGAGGGUAUGUAAGAAGGACGUUGGAGGACGCGUGGUUCUGCGGCAGGUGUGGACGUCGUUUUUGAAAGCUCGUUUAAACUGCUCUAUUUCAGCACAAUAUCCGUUUUACUUCGACCAUAUACAGGCGGUAACUCGAGUCGAGACUUUGGAGGAUACGCUGUUCUAUGCAACGAUGAGUACAUCGGAGACGGCGUUUGUAACGUCAGCAAUUUGUGUGUUUUCCCUGAAGAACAUCAACCAGUUAUUCCAUCAUGGUUUCUUCGUUGAUCCGAAUAGUUCAAAUUGGUUACCGUUACCAAUGGAAGCAGUACCUGAGCAUAGGCCUGGAACGUGUGUCUUGAACUCACAUUUGCUUUCCGAUUCCGAUCUACACUUCGCUAAAUCGCAUCUGAUGAUGGCAGCCCCUGUGUCAGGAGGUACUCCUAUUCUUCCUACUCGAGACGUUGUUUUCACGCACAUCGCGGUCGAUAUUCGAAAUGAACAGAAUGUGAUUUUUGUACUGGAUGGCAGGUCGAAUACUUUAUGGAAAGUAUCUCAUUGGCGUGACGGAAACUCAUGGGUAUGGUCAGAAUUGGAACGUAGAACGAUUUCGAAUGUGGGGUUGAUUAAGGCGAUGGCGCUAUUGCCAGGCGAAUUUCUAUACUUCGCGUCACGAUCAUCCGUCACACAGUACACUUUAGCAGCUUGUGAAUUGCACAUUUCGUGCUCUGUAUGUGCCGUGGAUCCAUACUGUAGUUGGAAUGUCGCUAGAUCGUCUUGCUAUCCACGAGAGAAAGCGCAUGGACAAAGUUUGGGAUGGAUAUCGUCAUGGGCGGGUCGAAGCCCAUCGGAAUGUUUGGCACUAGCCAAACCUCACACAAAGUCUGCUUAUCCGGGAGACACAAUUCACUUCACGGGGAUGUCUGGUGCUGUCUGGAAACGGGACGGAAACGUAAUCACAUCGUGUGAUCGAGUACUGUUCACCGACUUAGGAGGAUUGGUGGUUAUGAAUGUUUCGCGGGAAGAUAACGCCGACUAUGAAUGCACCGUUAACGGAAAAUAUCCGAUCAAAUAUCGAUUAGUUGUAGAUCACGAGGAAUGCGCUCAACCGCGAACAGUGCAAGCGUAUAAAUCCUGCCAACGUGAAUGGUGCAAGAAGGCAGAUCAGUACAAAACUGCGUUGGCCGAUUGGAACGAUGCGAAGAGACGUAAUGUGAGUCGUACGAAAAGAGUUUGCUUUUUAGAAAAGGAAAAGCUCCUGUGGUUCGUGAAAAGUGAAAUCAACAGAUAA